CGGAGGUUCGCAGUCAUAAGCAUUAAGUAGAGCAAGGCCAAAACCUCGCACAUCGCUCGCACCUAGCAAUGUCACGCAAGAAUGUAAUAAACGUAAGAACGACUUCACUUAUUGCAGCUGCCCAGCAACUGAGCGUGAGUGAGAACGACGGCACACUGGCGUCAUCCACGACUGCCCGCCUGCCCGACAACCGCCCAUAGCCACGCAAUUGUCCAUGCAAGAAUAUAUUACUGCACUAGGUUGCCAAAGGCUUUGUUCAUAUAUACAUUUAGGUCAGUGCGUUUGUCUCCACCCCAACCGAAGAACCGUCAAAGAAGAUGGCGCGCUGGACUCGCCCCGGCGCUUCUACGAUUCUCGUGGCAUCAUGCCUCCUGCUCGCGGUGGCUGGCUCAAGCGCCCAGACCAUCCUGCAGGCCAUCCAGAGCGCCAACCUGACGCUGCUGGCCGCCGGCCUGCAGGUCGCUGAUUUGGCUACAACCCUCAACAGCACCACCGGCCCCAACAUCACCCUCUUCGCACCCUCCGACGAUGCGCUGCUCGCGAUGACCGCGGCCUUGAACACCACCCCCAACGCCCUGCUGACCCUGGGGCCCAAGGUCGCCCCCGUCUUCACCUACCACGCCAUCACCACGCCGCUCCUGGCCGCUGACAUCCCCACCGGCGACACGCCCUAUGCCACCCUAAACACCGGCCUCAACCUGACCGUGUCCAAGGCCGCCAACGGCAGCGUUGUGGUCCGCGCCCUCGGCAGCGACGCCAACGUCAUCCGCACUGACAUCACCGCGGGCGGCGCUGUUGUGCACGUCAUCGACAGUGUUCUCCUCCCCUUCUUCCUCAGUGUUGCUUCCGCCGCCACGCGUACCCCCCAGCUCAGCUCGCUGCUGAGCGCUGUGGCCAGCAACGGCCUGGCUCCGGCCCUGUCCAACCCCAACCUCAACGUCACCGUGUUCGCCCCCGUCAACGAUGCCUUCAACGCCUCCAGCGCCUAUCUGACGUCUGUGAACGCGAGCAUCACCGACGUGCUCACCUACCACGUGGCCACCUCGCGUGUGCUGAACGGCUCGGAGGUCACCGCCAGCCCCAUCACCCUCACCACCCUCAACUCGAGGGCCAACCUCACCGUCGCAAGGGAUGGCAACAACGUGGUCGUGACCCCGGUGGGCGCCACCGCCGCCACCGUGCUGGCCGCCAACAUCCCCGUCGGCCUGGACCUCACCACGGGUGGCCCCAGGACCUUUGUGCACCUGGUGAACGCCGUGCUGCUGCCGUUCUACACCACCGUGGCGAACGCCGCCGAGCGGGCCGGACUCACCACCCUCGUGGCCGCUGUCGCCGCCUCUGACCCCGCGUUCCUGGCCGCCGUGACCGACCCCACCUUCCGCGGCACCAUCCUGGCGCCCUCGAACGCCGCCUUCGCCGCAACGCUGGCCUCGCUCAACGUCACCGCAGCCCAGCUGCUGGCGGACAAGGACAACCUGCGCCGCAUCCUGAACGCCCACAUCAUCCCCAACGCCGCCGUCUUCUCCAACCAGCUGUCCAACAACCAGACCGUCAACACCACUGGCGGGGCUCUCCUGACCGUCUCCAUUGGCAACGGCAUUGUUCGUUUCAACGCCGCGAAGAGCUCGGCCAAGGUGGUGGCUGCGGACGUGUCCAUUGGCAACGGCCGCGCCGUGGUGCACGUGAUCGACCGCGUGCUGCUCCCCGCGGACCUCACCCUGCCCACCCCCUACGUCACCGUCGCCGGCGCUGCCCAGGCCGCCAACCUCAGCACCCUGCUGGCCGCCGUCACCGCCUCAGACGCCUCGUUCCUGACCACCCUUACGGACCCUGACUUCAACGGCACCGUCCUGGCGCCCACGAACGCCGCCUUCACCGCCGCGCUGACCGCGCUCGGGGUGAACGCCACCCAGCUGCUGGCGGACAAGGACAACCUGCGCCGCAUCCUCAACGCGCACAUCAUCACCCCCGGCGCCGUUCGCUCGUCCCAGCUCGUCAACAACCAGAACAUCACCACCCUCGACGGGGUCCUGACUGUGCGCAUCAACGGAACUGGGGUCUUCUUCGUCGCCGCCAAGAGCACCGCAAAGGUUGUCACGCCCGACGUCAUUGCUGGCAAUGCGGUUGUGCACACCAUUGAUUUCGUCCUCCUCCCGGCCAGCGUGACGCUGACCACUGGCGGCAGUGGCGGCGGCGGCAGCGGCGGCGGCGGCGCUGCUGGCAUGGCCUCGCCGUCCGUGCUGACGCUCCUGUCCUCGGCGCUGGCCUUCCUGGCGCUGUUCGCCUUCGGCCGCUUCUAAGACGGAUAGCACCUAGUAUGUGACAUACCUACAAAUGCGCAUGUGCACGCAUCCUGCAUUCUCAAGUAUCACGCUGACUGGACUUUGGUCAGCGUUUCACGUAACGCACAUACCCAAAAGGAGAGCGAGCGAGAAAGAGUGAGCGCCGACUGCGUGCGUGCCGCAGAGCAUUGCUGUGGCACUGAAAUGUCCGCCGUUUAUGAAUGCAUCGCGGCAAGAGAAGUCAAGCCAUGUGAGGGACUGAGUGCGGCUGCUGUCUGACAUGCCAGACACAUGCUUUGUCAGGAUUUUGCACCUGAUAUGAUUUUCGUAACCAGCGGCCAUUGCUGCUACGUGAUGAGGAAUUCGGAGACGUGUGUACGGGGUGAUGGAUACACACGGCGGCAGGCUACACUGCACCCAGCGGAGGGGCUGGCUGGGCGAGAGGGCCAUGGGCAGGGCUACGCGUGCGUGCGGUGACCGGAUACUGCGUGGCGAGAAGUUUGCGGGGAGUCCUAGAAGUGGAGCGGACAUGCGCAGUAAUGGGCAUGGGAGGCUGCAUCUGAUCGUGAAGGUGGUUGGACCGCGCACUCGGGCAAUAUGACCUCGCACUGUCCGCAGCCUGUAUAUGCAAAUGGAUAUCUUGUUACUGUCCUAGC